AGCUGGGGCGAGUUAGUUCUAGCAGCCGGGUCCUCGAACCCAGCGGAGAGUUUGUGGACUGGGUCUCCUAACGUUCUCGCUGGCCAGCCACAGCCUGCCCGGAGUUGGACUACAUUUCCCAGAGCCACCGCGUCCCGAACGCGGCUUCAUUUCCGUUUGUUCGCGCGACUUGGGGACCUCGCGUGGGGAGAGGGCUGCGUCUGUGGAGGAGUUUGGCCUGGCUCCCGCAGGGCGGGCGAACCCGAAACCGGGCUGGGAUCCCGGGCACCAGGUCCUGGACCCUGAACUGCACCCUCUGUCGAGAAUAGCACCCAGCAGAAGAAAGAAUGGCUGUUAUACAAUCAGAAGCAAGCUCCAAGUACUGCCUUUUCCAGACUCUGUGCUUUUCUAAGAUAGGAAUCCAGAAGAUGAUCGAUCAUUUCUUGCAGCUGUAAAAACCAUGGCUCAGAGAUCAGUGAUGUUCAGGGAUGUUGCCAUUGACUUCUCUCAGGAAGAGUGGGAAUGCCUGGACUCUGCACAAAGGGAUUUGUAUAGAGAUGUGAUGUUGGAGAACUAUAGUAACUUGGUGUCACUAGACUUGCCUUCAAGGGGUGCAAACAAGGACUUAACUCCAAAAGAGGACACUUAUGAAACAGAAUUAUCCCAAUGGGAAAUGAGUGCCAGGCUUGAAAACUGUGAUCUUGAGGAGUCCAAUUCCAGAGAUUAUUUGGAAGUCAAAGGCACAUUGGAAAAGCCACAAGAAAAUCAGGAGGAAUAUUUCAGUCAAGGGAUGAUCAUAUAUGAAAAAAUGUCUAUUUUCAAUCAGCAUACUUAUUUAUCUCAACUUCCCAGGUGUCAUUCUACUGAGAAACCCUAUAAAUGUAAGGAAUGUGGGAAGGCUUUUAGACGAGCCUCACACCUAACUCAACAUCAGAGUAUUCAUACUGGUGAAAAACCCUAUGAAUGUAAGCAAUGUGGGAAGGCCUUUAGUCGUGAUUCACAACUCAGUCUUCAUCAGAGACUUCAUACUGGUGAGAAACCCUAUGCAUGCAAGGAAUGUGGGAAAGCCUUUACUCAGAGCUCACAACUUAUUUUACAUCAUAGGAUUCAUACUGGUGAAAAACCAUAUAAAUGUGAAGAAUGUGGGAAAGCCUUUAUUCGAAGCUCACAACUCACCCGACAUCAAAAAGUCCAUACUGGGGAGAAACCUUAUGAAUGUAAAGAAUGUGGGAAGGCCUUUACUCAGAACUCACAACUUACUCUGCACCAGAGACUUCAUACUGGUGAGAAACUUUAUGAAUGUAAAGAAUGUAGAAAGGUCUUUACGCAGCUCUCACAACUUAUUCUUCAUAAGAGAAUUCAUACCGGUGAAAAACCCUAUGAAUGUAAGGAAUGUGGCAAAGCUUUUAUUUGUGGCUCACAGCUUUCUCAACAUCAGAAAAUUCAUAAUGGGGAAAAGCCAUACGAAUGUCAGGAAUGUGGAAAGGCUUUUAUUCGUGGCUCAUUACUUAUGCAACAUCAGAGGAUUCAUACUGGUGAAAAACCCUAUAAAUGUGAAGAAUGUGGGAAGGCCUUUAUCCGUGGCUCACAACUUACUCAACACCAGAGAAUUCAUACCAAUGAGAAGCCCUAUGAAUGUAAGGAAUGUGGAAAGACCUUUAGUCAUGGCUCACAACUUACUCAACAUCAGAGAAUUCAUACUGGUGAGAAACCCUAUCAGUGUAAGGAAUGUGGAAAGGCCUUUAAUCGUGGCUCCCUCCUUACUCGACAUCAAAGGAUUCAUACUGGUGAAAAACCCUAUGAGUGUAAAGAAUGUGGAAAGACCUUUAGUCGUGGCUCAGAACUUACUCAACAUGAGAGAAUUCACACUGGUGAGAAACCCUAUGAGUGUAAGGAAUGUGGGAAGUCUUUUAUUCGUGGCUCACAGCUUACUCAACAUCAGAGAAUUCAUACUGGUGAGAAACCCUAUGAAUGUAAAGAAUGCAGAAUGGCCUUUACGCAGAGUUCACAUCUUUCUCAACAUCAGAGACUUCAUACUGGUGAGAAACCCUACAUAUGUAAUGAAUGUGGGAAGGCCUUUGCUCGUGGCUUACUACUUAUACAGCAUCAGAGAAUUCAUACAGGUGAGAAACCAUAUCAGUGUAAGGAAUGUGGGAAGGCCUUUAUUCGUGGUUCACAACUUACUCAACAUCAGCGAAUUCACACUGGAGAAAAACCCUAUGAAUGCAAGGAAUGUGGGAAGGCCUUUAGUCACGGUUCUCAACUUACUCUACAUCAGAGAAUCCAUACUGGUGAGAAACCCUAUGAAUGCAAAGAGUGUAGAAAAGCCUUUACUCAGAGCUCACAUCUUUCUCGACAUCAGAGAGUUCAUACUGGUGAGAAACCAUAUCAGUGUAAGGAAUGUGGGAAGGCCUUUACUCGUGGUUCACAACUAACUCAACAUCAAAGGGUUCAUAUCAGUGAGAAAUCUUUUGAAUAUAAGGAAUGUGAAAUAGACUUCAGUCAUGGCUCACAAGUUUAUAUAUGAAUUAUCUGAUGCUUGUGACUAAUAUAGAGAGCCUUCUCUGGUCAUUAAUUCAUUAUCAUCAAAGAAUUCUUAAAAUGAAUAUUCAAACACAUUUGCUUCAUAAAGUUCAGCAUCAGUGAAUUUGUGUGGGGGAAAGAUAAUGAUAAUGUAAUCCAUAUAGAAAAACCUACUAAACUUUAGCAAAUUAUAAUAGAGAAUAAUUCUGUUAAUGUAAAUAUAGGAAGACUUUUAGCCAUAGCAUAUGUCUUUUUCAAUAUUAUCUUGACUCAGUUGAUUUCCUUUGUGACAUUUAACAUGAUAAUUAACCACUGCUUUGGUUUAAUCAAUUAUCAGACCUAAGACUAAUUCCUUAUAAGAUUCUUGGAAGUAUUAUGUAAGUUAUUACAUAAUAAAGUUCUUAGGACAGUGCCUUCAACAUAGCAUAUCACAGAUAUAAGCUAUCAUUAUGACUCAUGUUAUUUUAGAGAAUUUGCAUGAGAGGAGGACAUUUAUUAGUAUAAUGAAUGUUGAGAAUCUUUCAUUAACAUUUAACCCUGAUUUUCUGAGUGGGGGGCACUGUAUACUGUAAUGAAUAUGAGAAAACUUUCAUUCACAUCUCAUCCCAUAUGGUGUACGAGGAAAUUCAUAGUGUAAAAAAAAAAAAACCCUGUACAUUUAAUCAGUGGAUUGUUGAAGAGGUGUGAAGUGAAUUGUAACAAAGUCCAAAAGCUCAUAUUUUCUACCAUCUCUGACCACAGUUCAAGAAUGUUACUUAGAAAUGAAAAAAAUUGGAUAGCCAAAAUAAAUCUUUAUACUAGGAAAUUUUUAAAAACUUGAAUGCACAGCUUUUGAAUUAAACUAAAAAACUGACAUUAUAGACUAUUUUGCAAUGAAAACUGAUAAGAAUCUGUGUCAGAGACUGCUAUUUCCCUACCCAAUAUUCAUUUUCCCUUCUUCAGUAAUAGAAUUCUUGGCUGAAAAGCUAUCUCAGCCUCCCUUGCAGAUCCACAAGAUGUAAGUGGUGUUUGUAUGAAUAGGACAUUUAAGAAAUCCUUAUUUCCUCUCUGCACUUUUUUGUUUCCCUGCCUACAAUGUGGAUAUUUAAUCUGCACCUCUGGCAAUUUUAUGGGGACUUUGAGAAUGGUAUCUGGGUAUUAAGGAUGUUGGAGCAGAAAUACAGAACAUGUCUACACCUAUGCUGAUUUUAUGAAACAGCCAUACAAAUUCGGGUCUGCCUGCCUUCUGUAUUUCUUUAUAUAAAAUUAAACUUCUUA